AAUAGCAUAUCGAGUAUGAAAAGAGAGCAGUUGGGAACAAUAAACCGAAUACCAGGGAUCUUCGACUCGAAGGAAAAACAAGUGCACAGGUGGGUGUGUCCAGCUAGCCGCUGUAUCAUUACCAUCAUAUUCUAACUGCACAUUUUGAUGAACUAUAGUGUUAUCCCCAACAAAGAUUUCUCAGAGCAAGCUGAAGAUUUUCUGCUGGAAAAUAGGCCCGUGAUAUAAAAUAACCAUGUCAAGCAAAGAUGUUGAGCUGAGUAGUGUUUCUGAUGUUAGAGCUAUCAUUAAAGAGGAGCCGAAGAAAAAUGAAUCGCCGCAGUCGUCGUCGUCAUUACUCAUCGUUAUUCUCGCCAUUGGGCUGAUCAUCGGGAUCGUCGCUCUCGUCAUCGCCGCAGUGAACCUUGGGAGAGGUGGUGGUGGUGGUGAUAUCAUCAUAAAUCAGGGUGGAACUGAACAACAAGUUACUAGUGACGAGAAGAUCUGGAUGAUCGCUAUCGGCCACUACGGUAGCAACGUUGAAUACUUGGAUGAAGAGACUUACACCAUCCGGGGAUUUAACCCGGACAUAUUGGAUGCGGUUUGCGCCAUCGCUAACAAGAACUGCAAAUUGGUAUACGACGUCUAUGGCAACUGUUGGGACAGCAACGCAGGCCAGCGGCCCAGGGGCGGCCAGGGGCUAAUGGGAGGCUGGUAUGACGGUUGCUCGGGUUGGAUCCAAACAUUUGACCGUCUACUAACAUACUCCUUCACCAAACCUUACAUGGAAGCUUCCAAAGUUGCAAUAUAUGCAAAGAACGGCAGCACACUCCCGUACGAUGAUUUGACAAACCGGAAGGUCGGGUUCGCUGACGGCUGGGCCUACGACGAGUUCUGUCUAGCCCGAUACACUGAUAUUGAGGGUUCGCGUCUUGCUCAAGGCCAGAUCAUACAUUUCGCCUCAGCAGACAGACUAGUUGAAGCACUCAACAAUGGAGAGGUUGAUGUCAUCUUUGUCUCAGCCCUAGGUCAAUAUGAAGAAGACACCACCUUGAUGAAAAUCACGCCACCAGACUUCGAUAAUAAGUGUCUGAAGGGAGGGAAUUCCAUCAUGACACGUCACAAUAACCCCGAUUUCGUCAUCUGGUGGAACGACGCGUUUGAUCUCCUUGUCCAGAGAGGGCGCUAUGAUGAAAUCUGUAAAACGGUCUCUGAGAGGCAUGGCCAUAUCCCAGGGAGGGAUUAUACUGAGCUUUGUAUCGGCUAUUAGCACGCUUCUGAUUGGAGGAAACCGUUUAUCACGUGACUGCAGACAUGAAUAUGACGCCAUUUUGUUGACGUCAUUUUCCUUCAGCGUCUCUCAUUUUUCAUUAUCGUUUGAGUGAUGCAUUAAUUACCAAUAUAUGCUCAAAAUAUGUUUUUAUUAUAUGUUUUGUCGUAUCCGUGAAAUGGCUUUAUUUUGUAAUCUUUGCUUUAGAAUUAUUUUCCAGUUCAUACUGUUAAUUUUGGUGAUAGUUUGUAAAAUUGCGUAACUUUGACUAACCUGAUUUUAAAAUAAUUGUAUUAAAGAUAUAUUCAUUUAUAUGGCACUCUCACACAAUAAGUAUCACAGCGCUUUACAUUGUACAAAGGUGGAAAAUCAGUUAAAUAAAUACGUCUUCAAGUGCUUCUUAAA